AUGUUGGCAAGAUCGUGCCUGCGCUCGGCGCGCUCGGUCGGCCCUGCGGCUCGCAGCGUCGCCAGCAGGACAGCUACGCGCUCCGCAUCGACGUCGAGCACCACCGCCGAAGCUUCGUCAUGGAAGUCUACCGCCGCAGGCUCGGCCGCGACAGCUAUCGCCAUCGGUUCGAUUGCCUGGUACUAUCAACUGCUUGGUCGGGAGGCGCACGCCAUGACGCCCCAAGAAGAAGGACUCCAUCCUACCCAAUAUCCGUGGGAGCACACCAAAUUCUACAAGACCUUCGAUCACCAAGGCCUCCGUCGCGGCUUCCAGGUCUACCGCGAGGUCUGUUCCUCCUGCCACUCCCUGCAGCGAAUCCCUUACCGGGCCCUUGUCGGCACCAUUAUGACCGUCGACGAAGCCAAGGCCCUCGCAGAGGAGAAUGAAUACGACGGCGAGCCGAACGACGAAGGUGAAACCGAAAAACGGCCGGGAAAGCUCUCAGACUACAUCCCUAGCCCCUACAAGAACGACGAGGCGGCACGUGCUGCGAACAACGGCGCCCUGCCUCCAGAUCUCAGCUUGAUUGUCAAGGCCAGGCACGGUGGCUGCGACUACGUCUUCAACUUGUUGACCGGGUAUCCGGAAGAGCCCCCAGCGGGCGCUGUGGUUCAGUCGGGGCUUAACUUCAACCCGUACUUCCCUGGUACCGGUAUUGCGAUGGCGCGUGUGCUGUAUGACGGACUUGUCGAGUAUGAGGACAAAACACCUGCAACCACCUCUCAGAUGGCCAAGGAUGUCACCGAGUUCUUGAACUGGGCAGCCGAGCCGGAAGCGGAUCAGCGCAAGAAGAUGGGCUGGAAGGUCAUGGCUAUCGGUGGUGUUCUUUUCGCACUCAGUGUGUGGGUCAAGAGGUAUAAGUGGUCUACGAUCAAGACUAGGAAGCUCGUCUAUAACCCUCCCGUAUCCAAAGCUGACAAGAACCCCUCGUCCGCCAGGCCUGGCGUCAGGAUGGAGGCAGAGCAGAACGCUGGUCCCUCAUAG